AACCCAUAUCUAUGGAUGAGCUUCAGAGAAAACUGAGCCAGAGGCAUGAUUCAAGAUCCCAAAAAGUGAGAUUCAAAAUCUCCUCAGCAUACAGUGGCCGAGUCUUAAAGCAGGUAUAUGAAGAUGGACAGGAACUUGAGAUCCCACAGGAAGAAUGUUCUCAUAGUUUUCGGCACUGGGACUUUGAACCCAGAGACAAUUUCUUUGGGAUUGGUGAAGGCCCAGGAUCCAGAUUUUGUCCACCAGCUAAAUUGAAUGCACAGAGGAUCAGUGUAUUCAGAGAAGGGAACAAAUACACCCUCACAGGUAGUCCUUCCCUCUUAAAUGACCAUCAGGCAGAGGAGAGCCAUAUGGAUCCCCCCAUUUUAGAUUUUGGGAAGAUUAUCAUCUACACUAGCAAUCUGAAAAUCAUCCGAACACCAAUGAAUAAGAAAGAGCUGGUGAGAAAAAUCAUGCAGAACGAAGGUCUUGAUGACUGGUCCUUAAUGUAUCAUGAAGGAAGAAGAGAAACUAGUAGUAACCAAAGUGAUGGGAACAUAAAGGAUACUGAAUACAAGCUUGUUCACAACCAGCCUGCACAGGAAGUGGAUGAUGAGAUCAGUUGCUCUCAAUGUAAGGGAUCAGGCUCUGCACCCUGCUCUGUGUGCCACGGAAGCAAGUUUUCAAUGUUGGCGAACCGAUUUAAAGAGUCCUACAGAGCUCUGCGAUGCCCUGCUUGUAAUGAAAGUGGCCAGCAACCCUGCCAGACCUGUGUCCAUUGACUGUACCUGGUAUCUGGCUUCUCUUGGCUUCCAUUAUUUGUUCAUUUUCUGCAGAAAAGGAAUCCCUCUAGUUUUUCUUUCUGUUGUUUAGCUCUUUGCAUACUCAGGUGACAGGUAAAAGUGUUUAUACCUGGUGUUGAGAUGUUUUACUAAGGUAAUAGCCAUUUAAAAAUAACACUUCCCUUCCAUGGCAUUGCAAGUGCUACUGUUUGCUAUCAGAUUGUUAAUAAAUUGGGCUAUGAUCCAGCCAAGUAACACAUUCUUAAGUCUCAUUGACUUCUGUGGAUGAGAUUCAAGAUGACCUCUCCCACUGAAAUCAGUAUUAAAAAGAACUUUGGCUGGAUCAUGUUCUGGGUUCUUUUAUUUUGAGUCUCCUAUCAUAAAUAAGAAACUCUAAUUUGUUUCACUGAAGCAACAGCAUUGAACACGUACCAUACUAAGGGCAACAGCACCAGAACUCAAUGAGGAAGUCAAAUGAGAGAGAGACAGGGAGAGAAGCUUUUCCUUGUUGCAGAGUUUAGAUUCUUUUCAAUAGAAAUCAUCUCACCUCCCUCUCCUAUGCCCCUUUCCCAUGAGAUAUUGAUGUUGUGCACCUUUUGAUAACUGUAUUGCAACUCUUGAGCACUUUUACUCAAACGUUGCUUAUGUUUAGGCUAACAGUAUUCCUCAUGUAAUUUCUUGAAUUCCCUGGGUUUAGGUUAUGAGCAUUCUAGGACAGAAAUUAAUUCUUCUUCUGCAACUGACAACAGAAGCAACUGUACCUCAACUGAUGAAAUAAAUUGUAACAUGUUGUACGAUUAUAAUUUCAGUUCCAUCCUUUUACUUCCACCAUUCAUGGACCUUUUCAGUCGUUUCCUUAUUUUGCAAUUAGCUGUACAUUUAUUCCUCCCUGUGGUGCUUGCCAUUUUCUGUAGAUCUAGCUCAUUUGAUUUUUACUGUUUAUUAAAGAACACUGUGUUCGUUUGUUGUAUGAUUUAGGCAGCAUCUCCCUGUUCUAAACACUGCUGCAGAGAAGGAUGGAGGAAAACUAUAGGCAAUUGGAAAAAAGAGAAAAAAUGUAUUUUAUGGCCUUAUUCAGUGAGAUGCUACCACUGAUGUUAAUGGGGAAGCUCUGCCUCUCUCAGGAUUCUCUUGUUAACAAAUGAGGCUUGUGUUCUUUAAAUGAGUCCCCAGUUGCAAUUUCUAAACCAUGAACUCUAAUUAGUUUAGAUGAAGAAGCAGUGCUGAAUACUUAGCAUCUACCACUCACAGCACCAAAACCACUACAAAUAAGGCAAAUGAGAGUGCUUUCUGUUGUUACUCUGUUAAUGCUUGCAUAUGAAAUCUAAUGCUUUUGAUACGCUAAGAGAUUCCUCCCAUUGUUUGCCUGCUGAGGUUUCAAGUGUAGCCAGACUAAUUUAUGAUCAACUGUGUCCUUUGGAAUGUAUAUGUUAGAAAAUUUCUCUAAAAUAGCUGUAUUAGUAGCACUAAUGCCAUCAUAUUUUGAAGACACCUGGAUUCUCUAAUGUUGACAUUCACCAGUGCAACUCCCAUUCAUAUAAUACUGCUUUGAAGAUUGUCUUGUAAAUGUAUAACUACAGUAAGCCUUUACUUAGUUCUAAAAAUGUAUAACAUAGAAAUGCUUUGAAUUUUAACAGAAGUAUGGCUAGUACAUGAAAUGGGGGGUGCUUCAAAUUUUACCCUUUCAUCCACAUAGAUCUUAUGGCCCGUUAUAUUUCAUUUCUGAAUUGCUCUAUGUCAGUUUCACCUCUCAGCUAAGACUGAAGCCUACCUUAUAUGCAGCCUGUGACUGUGAAAGCCAGAAGAGCACAUGUUUACAGUCGAGGAAAAACAGCUAUCUAAGCCAUAUGUAUAUGGAAACAGCCUUUCCGUGAGCAAAAACAGGAGUCCUAUGCACAGUGCCAGCCAAUGGCAAGCUGGUUGUCUCUCUACUGCCACGGACAGGAUUAAGCUUUAGACAAAUCACCACAAAAAAUGAUUUUUCUGUGACACCCCCAAAACUGAAUCCUGCACAUGUGCCCUGUACUGGGUUGCACUGGCUUGAAUCAAGAGGGGGCAAGCUUUUCUUACCAGCUACCACAUUAUGAAAUGGGCAUGGCAGGUCCUUUUUAGGCUUUUUGGCUCUGCAUCUUACAACCAUGUAGAUGUCAUUUUUAAAUCACAUUUUCAUAUCACUUUCACUUCAGAAGCUUGAUUGAGCGCCUCACGCCCAAACGACAUGUCUGAGCAGCAGACCUGUGCCUUCAAAUGUGGGUCUAAAUUGGGGGGGGGGAGAAUAUGUGAUUUAAAGCAUCAAUGUGUCAGCUGGAGGGGUGCUGAACCUUCUCUUACCUGCCAUUUCCCCCUCUGCAAACCCCCCUUCCCCAAGUCAGGCUCUCUUCCAGAAACAGAUGCCAGUAGGGGGAGAAACAACAUUGGGGAAUAAACUGCAGGGCUAACAGUGGUGAACAGAGGAUUCAGUACCCCCAUGUGCUCCACUGCUGGUGCUUUAAUUCACAUCCUCAUCCUAUGCAUUACCUUUAGAUGUCAUUGAGGCAGACCUACUUUUGAAGACUGAAGUCUGUUGCUGUCAUCCCUAUUCUGAGCCUCAGAGGAAGAAAUUCAUAUUUGGCAGCAGUCUAAUCAUUCAAAGGUCACUGUAAAAGGUAGCACUGGCAUUACUCUUAACUAAUAAGGCUAAGAGGUAGGCUAAGAGGUUCUAAAUGCAACAGUGCAUAAAUUCCAGGAGAAUCAUUUGGAUUAUCCUAGAUAUACAUUUUUGGAUGAGGUUGGUUGGCUAUGAUCUAAAAGGUUCAUGGAAACACUAGUGUCCAUAAGGGCUUUCCACUCAAAUAAAGGAGAUUAGUUCUCCACACAAGGUACAAAUGCACACAGAAGGUUGUUCUCAUAUGGCAACAUUCCACACUCAUACGGCAGUGCCACCUUUGCACUGUAUCAUUUACGUCUAGGAGCUUCUGGAUCAGACCUCAUAUCUGUAAUUGUCACUGAUCACAUUCUGUUUCUUAACCAUUUUUUAGAUUGCAGUCUUACAUGUUUCCAAACAUAUUAUUUGGAAAUACAUCCCACUGAAAUCAACAGGACAUACCACCAAGAAAUGUGUUUAGGAU